UAAAGUGAUAAAAAUAAUUUAACAAACCACAAACGUCACGAAAUUCGAAUAGUUUUUAAGGAACUACCAGUUAUUAUGGAUAAGACUGCAGUUUUUAAGGCUUAUGUGAAAACUAUUAAAACCAGGAAUAGAGCAUUUGGCUCGCCUGCUCCACAAGUUGAUAUAUUGCGACAGCGUAAGCCGCGGCGUGAUGAUUUUUCUCGAAGAGCCAAGGAUAUAGUAAAUGAUUUAGUAAAGUUAAAGGACUUUUUAGAUCGUCAUUUUAGGGAUUACAUUAAUGUUACGUCAUUCGAUCAACAUACGCCACUGACGGACGCGGACCGUGACAAAAUUGAUAUUGGUGCUCAGCACAUAAUCAAAACGUGUGGCCAACAAAUAUAUGUACUCAAGAAAGAAUUGGACAGUAAUAAUGGUCAAAUUAAUGAUCACAGAACACAGAUUGUGCGUUAUGUGGAAUGGCGACUCAAGUCUGUAUCAAAGUUAUUUGCCGAAAUGAAAACUACUAGAGCACAAAGAUGUAUAGAAUAUGAUAACAGCUUAAAAUUGAGUAAAUUGGCUCAUAGUUCAGACACUUCAAAAGAAAUAAAAAAACCCAUGGCAGUUAAAUACGAAGCAGCUGAUCGUCUGUGUACUAACCAUAUAGAAGAAGAGCUAUCGCCAGAAGAGUUACAAAUGUUUGAAGCUGAAAAUAUAGAAAUGUACAAUGAGCUAAAUCAACUUUCUAACGAGGUCAGAAAUAUUGAGUCCAAAGCUGUUAGAAUUGCUGAACUACAAGAGUUGUUUACAGAGAAAAUACUAGAACAAGAUCAGGAUAUUGAACGGAUAGAUGCAGUCGCUGCAAACACUACAGAAAACAUAGUCGAUGCCAAUACUGAAAUACGAUCGGCUAUACAAACUAACGCUGGUCUUAGGGUGUAUAUAUUAUUUUUUAUCUUAGUACUUUCAUUUACUCUUCUCUUUUUAGACUGGUACAAUGACUAAAUGAGUUGUGAAAUCUGGUUGAAUAGGGAAAACAUUUAUAUGUGUGUCAACCUGGCUAGAUUUAAGUAUUCAGUCUAUUAUUUGUUUUGAUUUAUGGAGUAGGUAAUUACUUACAUUGGUGUAUUAUAUAUUUCUUACAUGUGUUGUUAAAGAAAAAUAUUAUUUAAAAUAAAUAUUGCACAUUGUAGUUAUUACAGCUCGUAAUAUUAUUAAUUAUAUAAAAAGGUUUAUAACUAAAUAAUUAUUUGUUGAAACUACAAUGUAUUACAUUUUUUUCUUGUUGCUUUUGUACCUACAAUUUUUUUAGUUUAUUUUUCAGUCUGUCGACGUACAAUUGAUUGUCCAUUAUGACUGAUUUUUAUUAAUAAUAGGAUAGGAUUAAGGUUAAUCGUCAAGUGAUAAAAUAACACUAGAUGACAAUGAUAAAAAAAAUACAAAAUAUAGUAAUUCAUUUUAAAUAUUUCAUUUUAAUUAGUUACUUAGA